AUGGGUUCACAAGUCUCCUCGACUGGGCACAAAUCCGAAGCCUCCAAUACACAAACUGCAGGUGAUCUAGGAAGCGCAUAUAAAACCACAACUAAAGAGGAUCAGUCGCACCAACAACUACAACAACAACAACAGCCGCAGCAACAAACACAACAGCAACAGCAUAAUAAUGAGGCGACAAAUACCAAUGCACGUGAACACAACCAACCGGACCGUUUGAAAUUACUGUUUCGCGAUCAACGAGGAUAUCGCGCAUUGUCCGAACAGAAAGUCACUGAAUGGCUGAGUAAAAAUAAACAAUAUUAUCUUGUAGUUCCAAAAGAUUUAACGGAAAUACCAGAACAAAUUUUCAGCCCACUAGAUCCAAAUGAUUCAGAAUGGCGUCAUGAAGAUCCGCAUUCAGUUCAAGUGAAAAGUGAUCUGAGUAUCCAAAAUUUAGAAUCACGUGGUCUGGGUGGUUCCAGUGACGCGUAUCAACAGCGAAAGCAACGGGACAAAAUGAAUCAUUUUUCUCAGAAGUUGUCCACUCCUAAACACAACGGUCAUCAUAGCUCUGUUGUCAUUCACAAAAGCGAAUUAUCUCACUCACGUGGACUAAGAUCGUCAGCUAGACAACCCCGUGAGGGCCGACGGAGACAAGACUCCGAAUUUCAUCGAGCCGAACGUAGUACAACCACCACAGAAAGCCUAUCCACACGACCGAUUCAUUGUGAAUUAGAAAGAAUUUCUGGUAUGAAUAAACGACAUCGGCACACCUGUUCACGUCGGGACUCACACUCAUUAAUCCCAAAUUCAUCACACAUGCAUCGAAGACAAAGUGAAGGUUGGCCCGUGAAUUCUAGUUGUCUGGCUGCACGGAAAACUUUGCCAAGCAUGAUACAGAACAAUGCAUACAGUCGACAACGUUACAGACUACCCGAGACAUGUGUAGAACCCGUACGAAGUUUGCAACAAAAUCUACCGUUUAAAAAGGCACAAAAUAUCAGACGACAAACAAUGGCCACCCUACCACGACAUGAGAAAGUUCCACGCAAAUUUGAAAUGCUUCCAGUCGGAAAAGAUUGCUUAUUGCAAGAGGCCAGAAAUCAGCUGAUGAAAUUCUCUAAAACCCGAAGUCAGUCGGCUGUGUGGCGUUCGCCUUACACGAUUAAACGAUUGCAGCGAUUUGCUACCAUGUGGAUGAAUGGAAAUGGUAAAUCACCCGAUCAAUGCGAAGUGAGUGAUCGUCUUAUGUGA